GAAGAUCAAAAGUUUGAAUUGCCACCAGGAUUCCGGUUUCAUCCAACAGAUGAAGAACUCAUAACUCACUACCUAUCACAGAAGGUUCUUGAUAGCUGUUUCUGUGCUAGAGCAAUUGGUGAGGCUGAUUUGAACAAGUGUGAACCAUGGGAUUUGCCUUGCAUGGCCAAGAUGGGUGAAAGAGAGUGGUAUUUUUUCUGUGUGAGGGACAAAAAAUACCCAACUGGUCUUAGGACAAAUAGGGCCACUGGUGCUGGCUAUUGGAAGGCCACAGGCAAAGACAAAGAGAUAUACAAGGCAAAGGCACUUAUUGGAAUGAAGAAAACUCUGGUUUUCUACAAAGGAAGAGCUCCAAAUGGUGAAAAAACAAAUUGGGUCAUGCAUGAAUACAGAUUAGAGGAUAAACAUCCUAUGCAUAAUCUACCCCAAAAGGCUAUGAGUGAUUGGGCGAUAUGCAGGAUUUUUCAGAAGAUUAACUUUGGAAAGAAAAUGCAAAUUUCUGGGUUGGUGAGGUUCAGCUCCUUUGGAAAGGACAUGCCUUCGUUGAUGGAUUCUUCUCCAUACAACAACUACGAAACAAAAACUGUGAUGGAAGAGUCAUCGCAUGUUUCCAGUUUCUCUGAUCCAAAUCAAAGUGAGGAUCAAAGGACACAUAAUGACAUAGAUAAUAGCUUUGAAACUCCUAAGUUGGCAUCUUCAUAUUCUUCAAACCACUCUGAUAUUUCCCCUGCCUCAGGGACUUAUACCAAAACUGCCCCUACUUUGUCCCACCAAUCCACACAAACUGCACACCAAGAUUGGAAUUCAGAUUAUUUCAUGGUUCAGGAACAGUCCAUGUUGAGGAUGUUGAUUGAAAACCAUGGAUCAAGUACAAGCCAGAAAACUCAGAAAGAUCAGGAUAAAGACUUUGAUGUUGACAUGUCCUAUGUGAUGUACAACAACGAAAUGUUUCAAAGAUCAUUUGGGAAUCAGGAAUAUUCACCAGUUUCUGUAGGACAUGUAGAUACUGGAGGCCUGUGGAAUUUUUAG